AUGAAGGGAUUAGCUGUCUGCGGCAAGGGCGAAUAUGCGGUCGUAGAACGUCCGAUACCAGAGAUCGUCUUCCCAACUGAUGCAAUCGUAAAAAUGACAAAAACGACGAUCUGCGGCACCGAUCUGCAUAUCAUUCACGGCCAAAUAACGACCGUUCCACCCGGCCGUAUCCUUGGUCAUGAAGGCGUCGGUAUUAUCACUCAAGUCGGCCCUGCCGUGAAGACGUUCAAGCCAGGCGACAAGGUGAUCGUCACCGGCAUUAUCCCGUGUGGAACGUGCGCGUUCUGUAAACGCGGGACCUACGGUCAUUGUACAACCGGCGGCUGGGUGAUAGGGAACAGCCUGGAUGGUACCCACGGAGAAUACGUGCGCGUUCCGUACGCCGACACUGGUUUGAAUAAGGUGUCGGAUAAGGUGGACGAUGUCGGGUCAGUGAUGAUUGCAGACGUUCUACCCACCGCGCUCGAGUGCGGCGUGCUGAGCGGAAGAGUGAAACCUGGUUCGACGGUGGCAAUCGUCGGAGCUGGUCCAGUCGGCUUGGGGGUGGUGCUGACUGCGCACCUCUAUUCGCCGAUGAAGAUCAUCGUAAUUGACACUGAUGAAAAUCGGUUGCGACUAGCGACUCAGAUGGGUGCCACGCACGUUCUAGUGUCGGGGCCGGAUACUACGAAGGCGGUGAUGGAACUUACGGAUGGCGCUGGGGUGGACACCGCCGUUGAGGCUGUCGGGUUACCAGCUGCGUUUGAUAUGUGCCAGCAGAUCAUCGGCGUCGGCGGUACAAUCGCAAAUAUAGGUAUCCAUGGCUCCACUGUCGCCUUGGACAUGGGACGGCUGUGGAACAAGAACAUCACUCUCACGACCCGCCUUGUUGACACUGUCACAAUCCCAAUGCUUGUCAAGCUGGUUGAGGCCGGCAAAAUUGACGCAAGACCGCUUGUCACUCAUACCUACAAAUUCGCAGAUAUUGUGGAAGCUUACUCAGCUUUUGAUGCUGCGGCGAAGAACAAGGUGUUGAAGGUGAUCAUUGAGUUUGAUUAA